AAAAGCAAUUUCUAUUAUUAAUAAAAUUUGUAAAGAUGAACGCGCAUGAUAUUUAUAAGGUUAAAUCCUAUGAGAUCAAUAAGGGCCUAGAAAUAGGCAGAGGAUAAUUUGGUAUUGUCUAUUAAUGCACGGAUUUAUAAAACCCACAUCUCAAAUUGUGUGCAAAGAUCAUUGAGGAUAGUUUGGAUGACCCAAAGGUUUAAAGGGAAAUUGAAUUAAUGAAAAUUAUAAUGACUAAUGCUAAGGGAAACAAAAAUAUUGUGAGAGUAGAAUACGUAGAAUAUACUAAAGACAGAAUUGUGAUGAUUAUGGAGAAAUGUGAAUGUGAUCUCUAAUCAGUUAUGGAAAAGAAGUAGAAGGGAGAUGACAAAUACUUCAAACCAAGUGAAGCUCUAAACAUCCUUAAACAGCUAGUCAAUGGUUACAAGAUGCUUUAUUUUAAUAAAAUCAUCCAUAGAGAUCUUAAGCCUGCAAACAUAUUAAUUUUGAACGGAGUUUACAAGAUAGCCGACUUGGGUUUGGCGAGAGUGCUAGAAGAAAACACAGAAUUCACAAAAGUGGGAACGCCAAAAUAUGUAGCUCCUUAACUAUAUUUUGAGAAAUACUUCUCAAAUUCUGCUGACAUUUUUUCAUUAGGAAUCAUCAUUUAUGAAUUGAUUUUUGGUAAAUUGCCAUAUGUUGCACACAAUCAAACAUAAAUAAAAAGGGCAUUAAAAAAUUUAGAAGCAAACCCAAUAGUGGUGAAUAGAGAAUGGCCAGAGAUGACUUCUGAGUUUGCUGAUUUGAUUGAAUCGAUGCUCAAAUAUAAGGAGGACAAUAGAAUAAGUUGGGAAAGAUUAUUAAAACAUCCACUCAUUUUAGAGGAAUCUAAUUUAGUAGUUAAUCAAUCAGGACUUAUCCAGAAUACAGAUUCCGAUGAUGAAAAGGAAGAAGAGACCGCUUAGAUUCCAGACUAAAAGCAAGUUCAAACAUAGAAUAUUGAUUAAUAAGUACCUCCUAUUUGUUAAAAUCUACCUAAACCAACAUUUACUGCUCCUCUUCCUUAGGCUUAAAAGUAAUUAUGCCUUAUAGAUUCUAGGACACAACCAGUUCAAUUCCCUCAAGGGAAAGUGUUUUCUACUCCUUUUCCUACUAAUUUUCCUGUUCCACCCAAUACUAAUUCAUUUAUUGCACCUCAAAUGAACUAAUAACCCAAACAAUUUAUGAAUCCAUAACCUUAAAGAUUCCCUACCAUUUCUUAAAUGCAUAUCUUAGGAUAGCCACUUCAGUUUUAAUAAGUCAAAGGAACUUCAGAUUAACUAUUUUAAACAGGAUUUGUAAUGGAUUAAGCAUUAGAGAAUUUAGAUAAAUAUUUGAACAUGUAAUCAUAAUUGAAGGCUGAGUUCUUUGGAAUCAAAUUAUAUCUCCACUGUUUGGCAUAGUGUUUCUUUGAACACUCGAGUGCUAUGUAGAAAUAAAAUUAGAAAAACCCAAAUAAUUAAAGUUACUAUUAACUUCAAGUAAUCGAUUAGGAACUUUAGAAAAAAAUAAAAUAUCAUUCAGUAAUAGCACAGGAAUUGGAGAGAUACAAUUUAACCGCCUACUACCCUGUGACUGACAUUAAUCCAGAUUUUGGAAGUUACAUCCUAAAACUAAAUAGAAUUACAGCAAACAAAGGGUUGUUUGCUUAUUCUAGUGAUACCAAGUAUUACCCGGAUUAUCUAUAAUUGUUAUAUUUUUUGGAGAAAGUCAAAGACAUCAAUCCUCAAUCCUUUGGGGACAUAUAUCUAUAAAUCGUGGAUAUAUGUAAAAAUUAUAAAAACGAAUAAAUCAUGACAGAUUAUCUUGGCAAGAGGCUUUGAAGUAUUCAAAAAUUAUAAAAAGUUAUUUAUUAAUUAAUUAA